AUGCUUGAAGAUGUUGCCCCUUGUGCUGAUGUGGUCCUUCGGGAAACAGAUGGACAAUUAUCAUCACCAUCAUUGGUUAUGACGACGGUCGCAAUUCCGUCUCACAUGGGAUCCCCUGCCGUCCCUGUUCUAAAAUCUUUUCUUGCUGGAUCCCUUAGUGGGACAUGUUCUGCCCUUUUGUUUCAGCCAUUAGAUCUUGUGAAGACACGGGUUCAAUCCUCUGUGACUACAGGGAAAGGACAUACGGGAAUUGUUUCUGUUGUUAUCAAUGUCCUGAAACAGGAAAACAUCACAGGAUUAUGGCGUGGUGUUGUACCAACAAUCACACGAUGUGUACCUGGUGUGGGCAUUUAUUUCUCACUUGUGCACACAUUGAAGACACAUUUUGGGUCUGGUAAUACUAACCCUUUAGAAUCUCUGCUUAUCGGUGCUACAGCACGAGGUACUGCUGCUACCAUUAUGCACCCAAUAAGUGUUCUUAAAACAAGAUAUGAAAGUGGCAUCUACAAUUACAAUAGCAUUCCUCGAAGUUUAUUCUUGAUUUACUCGACUGAAGGCAAAGCUGGAUUAUUCAGUGGCUUGGCACCAACCAUUGCUCGUGAUGUUCCUUUUUCUGCUCUUUACUUUAUGUUCUACACACAAAUUAAAUCAUUUUUGCCUUAUGAUAAAAUUGACGAGCAUUACAUACCAGUGAUACACUUUAAUAUUGGCAUCAUUGCUGGUUUGUUAGCCUCGUUCAUCACACAGCCUGCCGAUGUAAUGAAAACUCACAUGCAGUUAAAUCCACAAAAGCACACCAAUCUGAAAGAUGUCAUCACUUUUAUUUACCAGCGAGAUGGAUUGGUUGGUUUCCAACGAGGGUUUGUGCCUCGAGCUCUCCGUAGAUGUUUAAUGGCUGCUAUGGCUUGGACAGUUUAUGAACAGAUGAUGAAAGGCUUUGGACUUGCGACAUGA